AUGCCACUUUUCUUUGGUAAAUCGACUGCUCCCAAGGUGGAGGAUCAUCCAGCCCUGAGAACUUCCAGUGAUCAACCACAGCCCCAGGAUAUUCCUAAGCCUUCAAGCGAGAAGCAGGCGACUAUGACUGAUGAGGAAUUCAGGAACAUUGCUGGCCUCGAUACGGGAAAGGAGACCGCCAGUCACAGCGACAGCAAUACUAAUAAUGGCCAGUCGCCUCGCGCAGUGCCCAAAGAAGAUACCAACAAGGAACCGAUUGUCCGCGACUCUAAGAAAGCCGAUGACAAAGAAUAUCCUUCCGGCUUAAAACUUGGCUUAAUUACUAUCGCAUUGUGUCUCUGCGUGUUCUGUGUGGCACUAGACAACACCAUCAUCGCAACAGCUAUUCCCAAAAUCACGGACGAGUUCAACUCUCUCAAUGAUGUGGGUUGGUAUGGUAGUGCUUAUCUGUUGACUACAUGCGCCGUGACUUUGAUGUUUGGCAAAUUUUACACCUUCUACUCGAUUAAGUGGAUCUAUCUGUUGGCCCUGUCGAUAUUCGAGAUUGGUUCCUUGGUCUGCGCGACAACUCCCUCGUCCGUCGGUCUGAUUAUUGGCCGUGCCAUCGCUGGUCUCGGAGCCGCUGGGCUUUACUCGGGCGCGAUGCUCAUCGUCCACCAAAGUGUGCCGCUGGUGAAGAGGCCGGCAUAUACUGGUCUCAUCGGCUCCAUGUUCGGUAUUGCCAGUGUCGGAGGUCCACUCAUGGGAGGUGCUUUCACUGACCGACUGACCUGGCGCUGGUGCUUCUACAUCAACCUGCCCGUUGGGGCAGUGACUUUCUUCUUCAUCCUGUUCUUCUUCAAGGCAACUCCACCUCUCGUCGGCAAGGGCGGUAGGACCUGGAAGCAGCAACUUGCCGAAUUUGAUCUCCCUGGUUCCUUCUUCUUCCUCCCCGCUAUCAUCUGUCUUUUGCUGGCGCUGCAGUGGGGUGGCACCACCUACGCAUGGGGCAGUGCGCGUAUCGUCGCACUCUUCGUCGUUUUUGGAGUGCUUAUCAUCAUAUUUAUCGGUCUUCAAUGGUGGGGUCAGGAUCGUGCCACUAUUCCUCCUCGCCUGAUAAAGAACCGUAACGUGUGGGGUACAGCUUGGUAUGCGCUGGCUAUCGGCGCCGCAUAUUUCGUCAUGAUCUACUAUCUUCCAAUCUGGUUCCAGUCCGUCAAGGGCGCGACCGCGAUCAAGUCUGGCAUCAUGAAUCUACCCAUGAUUAUCUCCGUCGUCCUCCUUGGUAUCCUCGCCGGCGGUCUGGUCACUGCCUGUGGCUACUACACCCCUUUCAUGAUCGCAUCGUCGAUCAUUAUGACGAUUGGCGCAGGGCUCUUAUCUACCCUCGAGGUCGACUCCGGCCAUCCCAAGUGGAUCGGCUACCAGGCCAUGUUUGGUAUCGGUUUGGGCAUGGGUAUGCAAAUGCCAAUGAUUGUCGUACAGACAGCACUUAAAACGGAGGACGUCCCCAGCGGUACCGCUUUGGUCAUGUUUGCUCAGACCUUGGGUGGUGCAAUCUUCGUCUCUGUGGCCCAAAAUGUCUUCCAGAACCAGCUCGUUCACAACAUUCAGACCGAUGCUCCUGGUGCCGAUGCUGCUAAGAUCGUUGGUGCCGGUGCCACUAUGCUGCGCAAUAUUCUGCCCGGUCCUGCCCUGGCACCCGUCCUAGUGGCCUACAACAACGCCAUUACACAGACUUUCUACGUCUCCGUCGCCAUGGGUGCCCUGUCCCUGAUCGGCCCCAUUUUCAUUGAGUGGCUCUCCGUCAAGGGCAAGAAGAUUGAAGUGACUCCGGUCUAG